UGAUUCAGUUGAUUGAUCGAAUAAAAGUCAUCCGGUCAAUGUGAUGGCAGCCAUCAAUGGGCACCUGAUCGAGUUGAUAUACUUGGCGGCACAAAUACCGGGGCCCACGGAUCGGGUCCGGGUGACCGAGUGGAUUCGAAAGUUGAAGGAUACUCAUUCGGAAAAUUUGGCGCAUCCUCGGGUGGUUCCUGAGUACCUGGAAUAUCUUAAAUUGUUGCUCAGCCAGAGUCCAAUUUAUUUUGUGGAUCCCUUUAAGAAACUACCGCCCAAACAGCCUGGAUUGGUUCCGUUGGCUGAAGCCCUGGGAAAUUCGUUGGCGGAUCAGUGUCCCUACUUGCCUCGAACCGGAAAGGUUGCCCCGGUUUUACUUCAUCGAAGUGGGAACGAUUCAGCUUCAAUUUCUGUUCAACGAGAGGCGGAUGGAAAUGUCGUAUGCUACAUGGCAAUUUCCCCAAAAGACCCAAACAUUUAA